AAAAAAAACAACUACGAACCGAGCGGCCAAUUGGCGCGUUAUCACCUGGGCCGACUGCUGGUACUGGCAACCCAAAACAGCUGUGAUUUAGUCAUAGUCGAAACGUUGCCGAGUUCACCCAACUUCAAACGUCUCUGUCGCCUCUUUGCACGGUCGCGUCGCGUAACAAUCAACAAAAAACAUCAACAAUAAAUGCCAAUUUAUAUAGUGGUGCAAAGUGCUUAAGAAAUGUUCAAAUGUGUGUGGUUUGUGUGGCUCUUGUGGGCCGUUUCAUGUAGACUCACCGCGAGCCAAAUUAUACCGCUGCCAACGUUCUGCCAGCAGGUGGACCAGCAGUGCAGCUGCGCGGCCGAGGCUAAUGUGGUGCGAUUCCACUGCCCCGACGAGUACGCCCUGCUGCUGGAGAUGUCCGAGCUGGGUGCCUCGCUCUACGUUAGCUACUACGCCGUGGACGGCCUGCACUGGCUACCGCGCUUCAACAUCACCGAGCUGGUAAAGAUCGAGUUUGACGCGUACAUUUUUUGGCCGGAGAACUUCAUCGAGGAUCUGUUGGACGGCCUCGGAGUGGAGACGGUGACUACCAUGCGCUUUCGCGAUCGCACCUCGGAGACGGUGGUCACAAAGGAUCUGUUCAAUGCACCCGAUCAGCUGGAUAGCACCGCCGCUCCGGGCAACAUCUCAACGUGGUUGUUUGGCGCUGUGCCCGGACUGAAGAAGCUCAAGUUUGUCAGCGAUGUCAAGCAGCUGCAGGAAACGAUCUUCGGGGCCUUUGACAGCCUCACCGAUCUGGAUCUCUCUGUGAAUGUACAGUUUUUGCCGGGCAAUUUGCUCUCCUCGGUCACAGGUAGCCUGGAGACGCUGACCAUUGAGAGUCCCAGCAUGGUGCAGUUCCAGGCACCGCUGCUGCGUGAGCUCCAGCAGCUGCGCAAUCUCAGCCUGCAGCUGACGAAUCCCCAACGUGGGCGCAACGACGAGCUGCAGCCGCAUCUGUUCAGCUCCAUGAAGCAGUUGGCGGAGGUGCGUCUAUUUCAGGCCACCGGCCAUGUCAACAGAAGAAUGUUCAGAGGCAGCGAAAAGUUGCGUCUGAUCCGUAUCAAUGGCAACUACGAUCUCGAAUCGCUGCCGGGACAACUGUUCGGAGAUCAGGCGAACUUGAGCGUACUGGACCUCUCCUGUAACGGGCUGAGCAGGCUCUCCGAACAGGUCUUUUAUGGCCUGGGAAAUCUCACAGUGUUGGAUCUAUCCAAAAAUAGACUCACGAAUUUAUCAAGCACAAUAUUUAUUCCACUCACCUCGCUAAAUGUGUUAGUCUUGAACAAAAACUCACUGACUGCCCUGUCGCCGAGUGUGUUCAGGGAUGUGCGCAGCCUAAACUUUAUUGACAUGACGAAUACCCAGUUCUAUGGAGCUACGCUGGUGAUGAGCUUUGAGGCGAUUGUAUGCACCAACGAUGAGACGUGCCAGUACAAGUCGGAGGAAUGGCAGUGCGAUCAGCGCUGCAUCUGCUGGGUGCAGCGAAACUCACGCAAACUGAUCGUGGACUGUCGAGGCACCAGCCUCGCGGAGCUGCCCGUCCUACCCCACACAACGCUCGUGAGCACCGUGGUGAAGGUGAGCAACAACAGUCUGACACAUCUGCCUGCGUCCAGCCAGCAUGCAGGCUAUGCCAAUGUCAGUGCCCUGCUGUUGGGCGACAAUCAGAUUACCAGCCUGGGCACGGGAGCGCAGCUGCCCGUCAAUCUGAGCUACUUGGAUGUGCGCCGCAACCAGAUUAGUGUCGUCAGUGAGGAGUUCAUCACAUUCCUGCAGCAGGAGAACAACUCGAUGACCAUUUCGUUGUCGGGUAAUCCGCUAAUCUGCGACUGCGACGCCCUGCCGCUGCUCUUCUUUGUGCGAACGAGUCCCCAGCGUGUAGACGACAUUGGGGAUCUGCAGUGCAGUCGCCAGAACAAGGCUCUGCAGCAGAUGGACGCCUUUGAGCUAUGCCCCUCGUACGUGCUGCUCAUCAGCUGCAUUGUGGGCGGCCUGGUGAUUGUCGUCUGUCUGAUUAGCGUGUUCUACCUCAUGUUCCAGAUGGAGCUUAAGAUUUGGCUGUACAACAACAAUCUGUGCCUGUGGUGGGUCUCCGAGGAGGAGCUGGACAAGGACAAGACCUACGACGCGUUCAUUUCCUACUCGCACAAGGACGAGGAGCUGAUUAGCAAGUUGCUGCCCAAGCUGGAAAGCGGGCCACAUCCCUUCCGCAUAUGUCUGCACGAUCGCGACUGGCUGGUGGGUGACUGCAUACCGGAGCAGAUCGUGCGCACCGUCGACGACUCCAAGCGGGUGAUCAUCGUCCUGUCGCAACACUUCAUCGAUUCAGUGUGGGCACGCAUGGAGUUCCGCAUCGCCUACCAGGCCACGCUGCAGGACAAGCGCAAGCGCAUUAUCAUCAUCCUCUACAGGGAGCUAGACAACAUGAACGGCAUCGACAGCGAGCUGCGUGCCUACCUCAAGCUUAACACCUACCUCAAGUGGGGCGAUCCGCUCUUCUGGAGCAAACUCUGCUACGCCCUGCCCCACAAUCGACGCGUCCUCAAGGGCCAAAAGAAACACGCAGGCCCGCUCGUCUGAGCAUUGGACAUGUACACAUUUACUGUACUUUGUGGCUGCUCUACGUGGGUCCUAAUGAGCGUUUCUUCCCCCACCGAUCCAGAGAGUCAUCAGUUCCACGCGAGGACUGUAGACUGUGACAAAAGCUUGGAGAAUACCCUGAACCUGUAUCCCAAAAUGAGAUUCUAUUCGUUUGAUUUUCACAGAAAAUGACGUCGAGUGAUAACAAAUCAUUUAUAUAAAUAAUAAUAAUAA